AUCCAGAUCGACUAUAGCGACCACAGCGGGUCAGUGCUGUGUGUCUGCCUCCUCCAUGAAGGUCUUCGCUCUGUCUCCGCUUCACUUGCGUCCGAACGGCGGAUGGGAGCGCUGGAAGCACGGAUGUGGCCUCACGGUUAUGUUAUUGAUGUUUCCAGACAUCCGCCGCUGCUGCUUCUGCUGCUGCUUGUGUAGCUCGACCGUGGCCUAUUUUAGAUGCGCGAGCAACGGGAGCCCUUCCAGUUCAAUUAGCUUUGUGUCUGUGGAGCGAUCAUUUUUCUACGCGUGAUACCGGGGGUCGGGGGGGAACUGGGAUGUAAACACGACGGCUUUCCUGCGCUCAUGAUCUGGGGCGAGGUGAGGCUGAUUCCUCGGACUCGGAUCGCCAGCUGAUUUCACUCUGGAGCAGAGCAGCUGUUCGCUCCAAUGGCGUCAAUUUCGAAAGUGUCUAUCCUGGAUUAUUUCAAUAUUGUGUUCGAGGGGGAAAAUGGUAAAAUCGAGUCCAACUGUAAGGCUUGUGGCACCAGAAUCCAGGCGAAACGGAGCGUUACGUCCAACUUCGUUACACAUCUUAAGCGUAAACACCCAGCUAUGUAUGACGACUUUGUGAAAAGGAAGGAUAUGAAGAGAGAGGGUUAUUCCUCUGCUUGCCUGCACAGUUUCACAACCAAUGGAGGAAACCCCCGCUUCACACUCCCUGUAACAACUGGAACAGGAGGAGGAGCCCUAGUAGGUGUUGGAGGAGUGGGCACCCUUGAGGGAGGAGGAGGCCCUGGAGCAGGGGUGACUAAGUUUGACAGACAUGACCCCCGUCAGGUUCUCAUCUCCGAGGCGAUAGCUAAGAUGAUCGUGCAUGAUCUGCAACCGGUGUCUAUUGUGGAAAAUCAGGGCUUCAGGGAGUUGCUGCUGCUCCUGGAGCCCCGUUACACUCCUGAGCCCCAGCACUACAUCCAGGGACAGCUCCUCCCCGCCUACGCUUACCAGGCUCAGCUGGUUACACGUCAGGCCGUAGCAUCAGCACACACACUCAGUCUUAGCUUAGACAUCUGGAGGAGCCAAACUCAAACUGCUUCAGGGUACCUCGGUGUUACCUGCCAUUAUCUUGCAUCUGACUGGCAGAUACGUUCUGCUCUCCUGGCCUGCCUCCCACUGACUUGCAGUAGCUCGGCGAGCCGUGUGCUGGCAGAUUUUGACGAAGUGUGUCAUUCUCACGGCGUGUCAGGGAGAGCAUUUUGCAUCGUUGCGGACCCUUUCCCAGCGACGUCAACGGCGAGGCCAAGUUGUCUUCCUGGCUUCCUGCUUCCACCUGUUCUUACUAACGGCCAAGAUGAUGAUCCAGCAGAUCAAGUGCUGGACAACGGAAACAACGCAGAGCAAUGGAUCAGCAAUGGCCAUGAGUGUAAUGGAGAGGAGAAAGACUGGGGGGAGUCUUGGGAGCAGGGUUUGGGCGUUUGUCGGGUAGACUGUUUCUCUCGCUCUCUGGAACAAUGUGUCAGGGAGGGGUUGCACUCCUCCCCACAAAUUUCCUCUACUUUGACCAAGGUUGCACGUUUCUAUAACUACAUUACCUCUGCUGUACCUCCUGAGAAACUCAUCCAGGUGUUUGAUGGGUGGUUGCCUGGGGGAACCCGAAACCUUCACGAUACUGGUACAGAUUGGGCUGCUCAACUUAAGGUCUUGCGGCGGCUUUUGGACUCAGUGGAGUUCCUGGAGGAAGUGAGCGGUCCCGGGGAGGUAGCAUUGAGUAGCUCAGAAAGAGCCCUGCUGAGGGAACUCACUGACAUUUUGGAGCCCUUCACUGAGGCCUGGGACAUGGUGCACAGAGACACACAGAGAGACACCCAGCUGGACAGACAUGUGUCCAUCAGUUUGGCUCUGCCUUGUGUUCUUGGCCUGCGUAAGCACCUCUCUGAGACAUCAACUCCCCACUGCCCUGCCCUCCUGCUCGGUCUAAACCAGUCCCUGGAACGGCUUCUGGCUCCGAUCCUGGAGAACCCCUUGUACAUUACCGCGACCACCCUGGACCCCCAGUUUAAACUUACUUGGAGCAGCAACCCUGACUGGCACAAGCAAGUUCUCCUAGAGGAAUUAUCCAAACAUUCCACAGCCUCUCCCCCAACCGACCUCAACACAGACAUUAGCCCUCAGUCCCAAACUCUUCCUACUCCAUCACCAUCCCCGGUCUCCUCGUUGUCUCGCCCCUGCAAAUUGUUCUCUUUUAUCAAGCAGAGACCGGCGACACAGGCUAAAAGCCUGGAACAGGAGUUAUCUGUCUACCUUCACGAGGAGCCCACAGAUGAAGAGGCUUUGCAUUACUGGCGCCGUAAAACCAUUGACUUUCCUCUGCUAGCUCAAGUAGCCAAAAGAGCAUUUACCAUACCUGCUUGUGACACUGUGGUGGAGAAUAUCUUCUCUGCAGCCAGAAGCCUCCUGUUGCCAGAGAGAGGCCACGUCCUACCAAAGAACUUGGAGACACUCAUCUACCUCAAAGCCAACUACAAACUGUUGUGGACAUAAAGCUAUGAGUCAGCCAUAUUUUAUCUGAAGAGCGACCAGAGGGUUUUCAGUUUUAGAAACAUGACUUCUUCUUCACAGCAACAAAUGUUGUGAAGAGACCUGAGUGAACCCCAUAGUAAAUUACACACCUGUUAUUUUGAGACUGAAAUAACUAGCUUCCUUUCUUAAGUAUGGUUUUAGAUGUGGAUAUUCUGCAUAUGGGUUUUCACAAUAUGAACUGUUGAAAUGUCUGAGAUCAGAUCAAGACUAAAAUACUCACUCCAUCUGUCUUUAUUUUGCCAUUUCAGGGUCUUCGGAUGACCAUCAAGUUCCUAUUGUCUGGUUCCAAGCUUCACUUAGUGAAUUAUCUGUUGUAUUUUUGAUUACAGUCAGGAGAGAACAAAAGUUUAUUUGCUGUCCAUACAGUCAUGAGAAAGCAUAAGU